AGUUGAUUUUGUAAGUGUGGCUGAUUAAAAUGAUGAUUUCAUUUUUGAUUAAUUAUAGCUUUUUAAUGAGUCAAUACCAUGUUAUAAUUCUGAGUUAUUAAAAUAAAGAUGCUUUGGAAACUCUAAGGUACUUCAAACAUGCUCAAACGAGUAAAAAACUCAUUGACAAUUUAACGAACAAAACUGCAUUCCAACGUGGUCGGAAUAAAAGCGUAUUUUGAAAAGUUCCAUGCUACACAAAGGAAAAACAGUCAGUCACUAGUCGUGCUUGAAACAAUUUAGUCGUAAAAAGUCUUACUACGCAAUUAUUAUUUUACUGUGAGCAUGUGUCUUUGAGGUAUUAAAAAAUACUCGAGAAUACCUAGGAAUUUCGGUCAUCGCGUAAUAUGAAAUUAUUCAUUUAACAUAAACAUGUGAGCUUUCAAAUCUCAAGUAAAAAGCUCCAAUUAUAAAUAAUUAUUGAUAAGACAAAAGUGAAUUCACGACAAGGAGUUAAAAGAAGUAAGUGACGAGCGGAAUGAACAGAAGAAAAACGGAGUUAAUGCUUCUUACAUUAUACACGAAUUUUUUUUAAAAGCAAGCAAUAGAGGAUGUAGCAUCAAUUCGGUCAAUAAACAUUUUACAAAGUCAAAUUGAAUUGAGUGAAGAAAAAAAAAAGUGAGAAGAAAAGAAAAGCCCAAGCAGAGACUGAAAAAUGUAGUUGGAAUUACUUUUUUGGAAGUUUAAGUGAACUAAACGAGAAAAAGAGAGAGAAAUAUAUAAGAAAAAUAAGAUAAGAAGAGUAAUUGAAGUAAAGAGAUGAAGUCUCCGCUAUUGAAUUCAUUAUUAGUUCUACUUCAAUUCGUCAUCGUGUCAUUAACUUAUGAUGAUCGUGGAAUAAUGGAUAGCAAACGACGGACAAGUAAUGUUUGCCGCGACACCUCAGAAUGCCCUACAAAUGCGAUUUGUGAGCCACGUAGUGGAGGUGUGUACGACUAUAUGGAAGGCCAAUGCGUUUGUCGAAAUGGAUAUUUUAUGAAGGCAUCUGGCAAAAGUCGAGAGUGCAUAGAAAUAGCAGAUUAUGGGGAACUUUGCUACAUGAAUGAGCAGUGUGAGUUUCGAUUAGGAAAAGAAUCGUUUUGUAAUAAUGGCCAGUGCUCAUGUAAAUCUAACUCCCAUUAUGUCAUAACCGAAAAUGCAUGCUUCAACUCAUCAAAAAUAGGUGAAUACUGCCGACUAACAAGCAAUUGUGUAGUGGAUAAGACAACAUGUCAACAGGGUCAAUGUCGUUGCUUUAGGAAGCAUCAUCCGAAUUUAAAUAAAUCCAAAUGUUUACGAGAUAUUAAUUUAAAUGAGCAAUGCUUUACGGAUGAUGAAUGUGUUGUUGAAAAUUCCCACUGUAUGUCAGGAACAUGUCAAUGUAAGUCGUCGCAUGUACGGAGUGAAGAGAAUGAUCAAUUGUGCCUUCCACUCGCCACAUCUAUCUAUCAAUCGUGUCAACAGGACAUGCAAUGUUCAUCGAUACCAAACGCUGUUUGUGAGAGUACAAAUGGCACAUGUGUAUGCCAAAAAGAUCAUCAUGAUAUUAAUGCUGUAAGGAUAAUCAAAGAUUCAUCAACGAAUGAUGAACUCGUGACAUUUGAAAUAUCGUUCAAUUUCUUCCAGAGAUGCUGGUCAUCUGUUCGACUUAAUGGAAUUUGCGAAUCUGAUGAGAAUUGCGUUAUAGCACACUCAUCGUGCAUUAAUAAAAGAUGUGUCUGUGAUGAAGGCUUUCACGAAACUCGUGAUAAAUUUUGCUCAAAUGCCCAAAAAGUUCAAAUUAGCUUCCUAGUAGUCGCAUUAGUAGUAUUCACUUCAAUGAGGCUUUUUUAGAAGAAUCAAAAGUUUUUUUUUUCAUUUCAUGUUUUUAUUUCAUUAUUUUUCCCAUAAAUCAUUGCAUUUUAUAUAGGAGCCUAGCUCCAAUUUCUCGUAACGGCUUUUGUUAUCGUAAUUUUUUCUUUACAAAAUGCGCUUGAAUAUUUAUUUUGUCUGUCUGGGGUUAGUCAGGAUUAAUUAUAAUUAGGUGGUUAACAUUAUGUCAGUUGUGGCACGCUGUCAUGUUUAAUAUUUCAUGGGGUUAUACAGAAAAUUAAUUAUUGCGUGCGUUUUUAAUGAAAAUUUUUCUUCCGAAAGUCUAAAUUAAUUGUAUUUAAAAAGAUGCACAAUAAUUUCACACCAAUAGUUUAUUCAGUGAAAAAGAUGCAAAAGUUCAGCCAAUUAAAAUGGAAGCAUAAAAUUUUGCAUCAAAAGUACGUUAAGUAAAAAAGAUACGAAAAAAUUUCGCAUCAAAAGUACGUUCAAUAAAAAGAUGCAAAAGAAUUUUGCAUCUAAAGUGCGUUCAGCAAAAAAGAUGCGAAAAAUUUUGCUUCAAAAAUUCAAAUUUGAUUUACCCAGAAAUGAUGUGUAAGCAUCAAGAACACUAAGAUAAAAUAAACUUCAACGCAUCAGUUACAUAAGAUCAAUUACACCAAAUCGGCUAGUAGAGGAAACAAGCGCCUUAAUCAUCCAAUCAAAAGUAAUAUUUCGGCAAUUUUUCCACUAGUUUAUUCAUCCACACAGCAAUUUCGACACAAACAUGAAAAGAAACACACAAAAAAAAUAUAUUGAAUUAAAGUCGAACGAAUUUAUAUUCUUAUAAAUAAAUACAAAAGUAUUUAAUUUAUAUUUUUUGUGAUAAAUCGGGGAGCUUCUUGCAUUAUUUUUCUUUUCCUUCUUACUUUUCCGCAUUCAUUUAUUUAUUAAUCUGAAAUUUUUAAUUUUUUCGGAAGCUAUAAACAAAAGAAAAAUAUAUUAUAUAAAAGAUUAUGCUCGUAAUAGUGUAGAAAUCACCUUCUCAGACGGAAAGGAAAUUAAGUAAAUUAUAUCUAUUUUUUUAGGCUAGUUGUGUAAAGUAUUCCCACAAUUUUUUUAACCAAAGUGACAACAACUAUGAUUUCUAGUUAAGUAGAGCUUCAUUUAGAUAUAAUGUAGGAUUAUUAAUAAAUUAUUAUAAUUAUAAUUAUGGUUAACUCAUUUUCUGUUGUUAUUUAUUAUUCUUAAAAAAAAAAUCUGAUGUAUCAAAAAUCACACGAAAAAUAUACAAAACAGUUUUAAUAUAUUAAAAAAUUGGAAUUAUCAUUUGAAUAAAAAUCAUUUUUCGUCAUUACUUAUUUUUAUUAUUUAGUGUCAUGGAUUUAAAGUGAAGAAAUCACGUGAUUACUUAAUAUUACUGAUAUGCGUUACGUGCUUAAAAUUGGUCUUUAAACCUUAUAAAUGUUUUGGGUUUGGAAUGUCUGUUGUAUAGUUCUAAUGGAAUGGUUUUUACUUUUAAAACUAGUCAAAUGUUUUCUAAAAUGCUGUUGUAAGGUUUUGAAUGAUUACAGCAGAACCUUACAAAUUCAAAAUGUUUAAAUUAAAAUUAAUGUCCCAAAACAAUACAAAUGUUUCUCACAGAAACUAUACAAAUGUUUUAAAAAUGUCAAUUAUUUUAAAAAUACAACCGCUAACACUAGUUGAGCAAUUACUUAAAAAUUGAAAGUUUGUUCAUUAAGAAAUAACAAAAUUCACACAACCCAUGAUAUAAUUUUGACACUGUGUAACAAUUCAAAUUGCUUUUCUAUAGAGAACAGCAAAUAUCCGUGGGAAAAUCUUUCAAAUAGUGACUUCCUCAAUACAUUGAUGUAAUCUUUCAAAUUGUUAAAAACAAAAUCCAUCACUUCUAGGUCAAAAAAGCAACAAAAUUGCUUCGAUAUUCCCUCAAAAAUCACACGAGUUUCGCUUUAAAUCCAAAAACACUAUCAUUAAUUUUUGUUUAUAGACACAAAACGUUCACAUUUCAUCACUUUGCAAUACAAUAAUAAUUUGCAUUCAAUUAUAGUCUUUCAGACUUGUUUC